UCAGUACAUGUGCCCAAUUAUUGUCGUUCCAAAUUGCAAUUUGGUCCCAUCCCCGCAACCUCUCUCUCUCUCUCUGUUCGGUCAAUCCCAGUAACCGUCCUCAGCUUUAGGCAAUUGACAGUUGACACUACGCUAAAAAUGCCGAACUCUACCUUAUGAUCCCAAUUCUCAGAAGGCUAUCAGCCCCACUCUAUAAGCGCAUGGACUCGUCCAGCUCCCUCGGAGGCUCUCAGCGACUUGUCGCCUUGGCCCAACACCUCCGCCUCUACAAGCCGCCGCCUACCUUCGAGGACAUUGAGGAGCAGAGCCUCGAAGAAAGCGCUGGGAAAGUGGUUUCCCAACUGGGUUUUGCGGAGUCGACUACCCCAAUCUCGCAGGACCCAGAAAAGUUUAGACCCAAGAGAGCCGCAGUUUUGGUCUGUCUCUUUGAAGGAGAUUGUGGGGAUCUGCGCGUGAUUCUCACCAAGCGGUCUUCGAGGCUGUCCACUCACUCGGGUGAAGUUGCAUUGCCAGGUGGGAAAGCAGAGGAGGGGGAUAAGGAUGAUGGGGACACUGCAACAAGGGAGGCGAAGGAGGAGAUUGGGUUGGAUCCUUCGCUCGUCAAUGUUGUCACUGUACUUGAACCAUUCUUGUCUAAGCACCUCCUCAGAGUGGUUCCUGUUCUUGGCAUACUUAAUGAAAAGAAUGCAUUCAAGCCUGCUCCAAAUCCUGAUGAAGUGGAAUCAGUAUUUGAUGCUCCAUUGGAAAUGUUUAUCAAGGAUGAAAAUCGGAGAUCAGAGGAGAGGGAGUGGAUGGGACGCAAGUAUCUGAUUCAUUUCUUCGACUAUGAAACAGAGAAUAAGAAGUACCUGAUAUGGGGUUUAACUGCUGGGAUCUUGAUAAAGGCAGCGUCAGUCGUCCUCCAACGGCCACCAGCUUUUGUGGAACAGAAUCCCAUUUUCAAGAGUCUGAAAUAUAUCAGACCACAGGGGCAACUGGCAUCAAAUGUCAAACAGAUCUUGACUGAGAGCAAAUUGUGAGAACAAACAAUUUGCCCCCUUCACCUUUCUUCAGGAGCUGAUCUCAAGCACAAAGAGCUUGUCCGGCUACUCAUCAACACAAUUGAAAAGCUUAUCUGCGUCAAAAACUUUUCCUUGUUGAUUGACAGAGGGAAGAGUAAUCAAGCUACUAUUAUUAAUGCCGGUGUGUUGCUUCCCAGUGUUUUCUCGCUUUUGUUAUGACAACGAAAACCCCAUUCAAAAUUUUCUUUUGUUAUAAAGAAGAGAAAAUUAUAUA